GCUUGGAUAUUUUGUUCAACUUGUUAUCAUUGGUGAGAAAAAAAAAUGUCUUCAAGCAGAAUCUCUCAUACGACAAACAAUUAAUGACUUCAAGGAUCUCAAAAACUAUAAAAAAGAGGUUUUUAUCCAGCGAAAGUAUGUUGGUGUAGUCGUUGGUAAAGGUCACACAGUGAUCAACAGCAUCAUGGCACACUCUGAAACUCAAAUCAUUGUUCCCACUCGAGAAGAACAGCAUGGGGAUUUUGUUCAACUUGUUAUCAUUGGUGAGAAAAACAAAUGUCUUCAAGCAGAAUCUCUUAUACAACAAAUAAUUACAGAAUUUAAAGAGAAAGAAGACCGUUUCCAGUGGCUUUCGAUCUUGAAAAAACAUAUUCCUGUGAUGCUUGGAGGGAAUCGCAAAACGAAAGAAUACAUAGAAACCAAAUAUGGAGCACGAAUAUGGGUACCCAAGUUUGAAGACCCACAUGGGGAUGUUGUUGAUGUUAAAAUCAUCGGUGAAGAAAGUAAUUGUCGUCAUGCCCGAUUCCUUAUUUUCGAGAUAUUGUUAUCUUUUGAAGACAAAAUGCAGAGAGAAAAAUAUGGAGGCGACGUACGUUUCGUUUGCUUAGACAACGAAAACGAAGAGGACGAGUAUAACCUCCAUCAGUAUAAUCUUGCACUGCGUGGUUAUAUCAAAGGCGAACAAUAUAGGAUUUAUUGUACAGCUGAUAGAAAUCGUAGUGAGAGAGAAACUAUUAACGAUGACAUAAAAUUGAAUUUGCUACCAUCGUUACAAAAGUUGGCAGAAAUAAAAAAGAAGGAAAAGUUGUCAGAAAUAGAAAACGAGGAAAAGUUGAGGAUUGAUUUGUGGUGUCAUAUUGGAAAAAUGUUUGUGUCCAAUGUUGAUCCAGUAGAAGAAAUACAAUCAUUUACGGCAUCUCAAGUUAAAAAGAAAUUGCAAAAAGGUCGUCGUCAAAGUCUGAGACAAAAUGUAAAUAAUAAUGAGGAUAGAUUUUGGUAUGUCUCUUUUCAAGAAGGCGUUCGAAUCGAGGAUUUUGAUGAUGAAUAUUUUCCAAAUAAAGGAAAGAACGAUGAUUUCAAUUUGAAGCUUUUACACACUCAAUGGCGCUUUGACUUUACCUUUAAGACACCAUCAGUGCGCACCGUUCGAUUGAAAGCAUGGAAAUGUGAUCCUCUCGAAAUGGAAGAACCACCAUUUGAGGUCAAAAAUAUUUUAAGAGAAGUUGAUCUCAAACACUGUAGAAAUAUUAAAGCUUGGCUCUGUAGGCCAUCCGUCACUGUUGCUAAAGGAGAAAUAAUGUCACCAAAGUCGAGUUAUGACUGUAGGAUAAAACUGAGGGCUGGCCCAAGAUUUUUAGCGGGCGAUGAAGCCAAGAAUGAAGCUGAAAUUUUGUGUGACUACUUAUCAAACUGCAAGUUUGAUGAGCACAAUAGUGAUGCUCAAAUGAUUUUGCCCGAUGAAAAUGAAAUGAAAAUACCCGAUGGUUUCGACUGCUUAUUCUAUCGUGAAGCGAAAGAGAAAUUCUAUAAUGCAGAAAUGGAUGGCGAAGUGUACAAAAUUAUUGUUUUGCAUGAAAAAGGGUGGGAUUCAAAUGGCUUGAUUAAAAUACCUCAAAACCAGUUAGGGAUGAGGUUCGUCUCGGAAUCUUGGUCAAAAAAACUGCUUGAUCCAGACGAAGACUGGACACCUGAAGAAAUUCUGGCCAAGUUGAAGAAUUACAUGGACUUUUCGAUCUUUUACUCGAAGUUUUUUCAGGAGUAG